CCAGUAGUAUCUUUAACCUCUGAACCUCCGAGUGUGCCAGUCCUCCGCCAUAUUCACUGUUGUCUUCACUGGAGGAGAUAGAGAACAUUUUCAGGUCCGAGAAGAAACGAAAGUGUGCUAGUUAAAUUACCGAAACUGGUGCAAACUUGUCCAAAGCGCAUCGUUAACACCGACGUAAUGGCAAGGAAGAAAAGCAAGCAGCAAACGGUCGCCCAGAAAGAGCUUGUGCCUGGACAGCAGCAGAGCGCAGCGAAGAGCCCUGUCUCUCCCGGCGAUGCAGCUGGCGGUGGCGGCGGAGAUGCUGGGCUGGAUAGGCUGUCCAACACCAGGGCGAACCAGCCCAUGCACACCUGCUGUCUCCUGUGCCACCGAGAAUUCAAGGACUGGGGAGCGGGUUCAGUGAACGGGAUUCCCGCGGGUCACGGGACGAAGCUGGCUGACGCCGUGCCCGCACUUUCCCAGGCCUUAUUGCGGGAGGCGCCGGGUCGGAAGCUGGCCGACGCGGUGCCGUCGCUGUCCCAGUCCCUGCUCGGAGAGGUGCCUCUGUGGAUCUGUCAGAGCUGCUGCAAGAGCGUGGAGGAGGAGGAGAGGAGGAGCACGCAGGAGCAGCAGACAUUGGUACCAUUGUCACACUCUUCCUCUUGUAAGUCCCAAAGCUGUGGGAACGGUUACCCGGAGCAAAGCACUGUGGACUGGGACCCCAGUUCCUUCCUGUCAGCUCACAAACUGUCAGGCCUCUGGAACUCGGCCCACGCCAACGGAGGGGAGCACUGCAACCACAACGCAUCUUCACACUCGCAGCAAGGUAGCACAGGUGGAAUGACCUGUCAUGAGAAAAGAGGACUUCAUGAAGCGCCUGGGAAAUCUGCGAAAACGUCGGGACCCAAAGCCUGUCCCUACAGUCACCCGUCGUCCCAGAAUUCCAGUGGAUCUUCCUCCACUGGGAACUCUCUGUCUACCUCUGCAGACCUUUGUAAGACCACUCCCAAGCACUUCAAGACCAUGUGUCGUCGACCAACCCCACCAGGUGAAGCCUUUCAUCCCAACGAUCACCAUCAACACACAGACUUGUCGGUUCCCCCCAACAGUCCCACGGGCCUUUCGUCGCAGCAUUCCUCCCUCCUGCCUCCAAAGCCGAACUCUGGGCAGCAUGGUCACGUAACCUCCUCCUCCUCUUCUGCCACCUCCUCCUCCUGUGGUGCUGCUGUGGCAGCUCAUGCUUCUUUCUCGCCGCUGGUACCAAACCUCCACAGCCCCGCAGCCAAACUCAGCUCACCGAGUCCAGACAGCCCAACAUCUGUCCAUAAGCCCAGCCCGUGCAAAAACUCCCACAUUCCUGCUGUGAACAUGCAACACAACAGAGUGGGAACGUCUCUAAUGGGCUGCAGCCACUCCUGUAACGGACACAGCCAAGGAAAUGUGGCCAAUUCGAAUUUGGGACAUUUAACAGCUGGAGCCUGCAGGGAUCAGGCGUGUAAGGGACAUAAAGUGACAAACGGGAUGCUGUGUCACCCUUCAUCUGAGCUGGAGGAGGGGGAGGAUGAAGACAGCAGCUCUGAAAGGAGCUCCUGCGCCUCCUCAUCCACCAACCAGAAGGACGGGAAGUACUGCGACUGCUGCUACUGCGAAUUCUUCGGACACAAUGCGCCUCCAGCUGCACCGACUAGCCGAAACUACGCCGAGAUCCGAGAGAAGCUUCGCUCGCGUCUGACCCGGCGUAAAGAGGAGCUGCCUCAGCGCCAAGACUCAGAACUGAUGGCGUCUGGUGCCAUUGACAACAGGGACGUGGACGAGCUGCUAGACUUCAUCAACAGCUCCGAGCCCAAACCUGUCAACAGUGCCAAAGCUGCCAAACGAGCUCGACACAAACAGAAGAAGAAGGAAAAAGCUCAGCAGAACAACUUGGGCGCUGCAGGCAGUGAAGCCCAGACCAGUCCUGCUGACGACACAGUGGACGAGCCCAUUCCCGAUGGUCCAGAAGCCAGCCGGCUCCUCGACUGGCCUCAGCUGGAGCUUGAACGGGUCAACAGUUUCCUCACGAGUCGACUAGAAGAGAUCAAGAACACCAUCAAAGACUCGAUCCGGGCCUCAUUUAGCAUGUACGACCUCAAUCUGGACGUCAAUGAUUUCCCAAAAAAGGCAGCCACGUUGGAGGGGAACCAUUUACUGUCCCACCUUAAUGGUUCCUCUGACAUGCAGCAGAUAGACCUGGACCUCUCUCCUCUUUCUCUAGGAACCUUUAAAAACCACCUGGACUUGGUUAAUGGAUGGGAGGACACAAACGUUGCCCCACCCGCAAACUCUGUCACCAACACUUCAUUGGGGCUCAAUGCUGCCUCUAAGGACACCCAGCGGUUGCACACUACUAGCGGACUCUCAAAGCUCAUAAGAGCUCACUCUCCUGAACAAUGCACUUCCACUGGACCUGACAGUUUGCUGCAGGUGCCAGCUCAAACAACAGCUAAAACAAAGGAGGAUACCACCGAUCCCAAGAGCGCAGCAGCUGGGAAUGGUGGUGCAAAGUCAAAGAAGACUAAAAAGCAGCAGAGACAGGAGCAAACUGUGUUAGAGCAGAAUUCAAACAAACUGACCAAAGCCGCCUCUGUAAACGAAGCACAGAAAGCCAAUGAGUCUAAAGAAGGGGCAUCUAAUAACUUGAAGUCUGGAAACAAACAACCUCAGAUUUCUGCAGACAGCCAGAGGAACGGGCCUAAGAAAACUGAGGAGGUCAGAUCAUCCAAACAGGCAACACACGCAGCAAAUGGGGCCUCCUCUGGUGUGCAAAGAGGAAAAUUUGAUACAGAGACCCGAGGAGGAGGAGGCGGUAGUCGGUUUGAGCAGGAAUCAGAAAGCAAAGCUCAUCCCAGCGUUCCUGCAAAUGGACCUCACCAGCAGCAGUCCAAGGGGAAAAACAAGAAGAACAGGAAUAAGGGAGAAAAGUCCAGCAGUGCUAUUGAUGACGUAUUUCUUCCAAAAGAUGUGGAUCCAACAGAAAUGGACGAGAUUGAUCGGGAAGUUGAGUACUUCAAAAGCAGGAGGCAUCAGUUUCAGGGGGAGCACAAGAAGGUUCAGAGAGGGUUCAUGAAGGUUCACAGGCAGUAUCUGAAGAUGUGGCCAGGAGUGAGGACGACAGAGAGGCGGAGAAAGGGAAAGGCAGACAUGAGGAGGGAACAAAAGAAGAAAAGAGUUUUGUCUCGACUCUGCUAAACAAACUCGUCAGAAGGUAGCGGUGAACUGGUCCAACUUCAGCCUCAAAAAGGUUUCUUCCAAUGCAGCUGAAUAACGUGGUCGGGUGUCGGGGGAGGGAGGACCACAACUUCACUCCACAGAUACUUUCAGUAGAGCCCUGUUUGACCCGAAGCCUUCUGUCAUCCCCAUCCCUCUUCUCUCAACGCCAAGGGACCCUGGUUAAAAAUCACCAUCAGAAGACCAAAAGUCUAUUUGAGGAAAAGCCUGUGAGCGUUCUCGAGGCCAACUGUUUUCUGUCAUUGCAAAGAAUGAUAUACAAGACAAAUGCAUCCAUGUACUUACAUAUGUAGUAUGUAAACUAUUAUCUUACAUGAAAUAAAUGGUUUUAUCACAAAUCUAAGACAUGUUAAACUGAUGAAUCAAUUCAAGUUGGUGCUCAUCACCCAGGUAAUUUCCACAACCCCAAAUCAGAAUUUGUCUUCCUCUGUACAUUUGUCCAAAAAGUCCAUUUGGAUCUUAUAUUGAGGAAAAGACUCCACAGCCAUUGCAGCCUGUCGGUGCAUCUGUUUUUGUCACGGUUUUAAUCUGAGGCAUAUUUUAAGUGUGAAUCACAAGCUAAUUCAUGAAAUGGUAAACAGUGGACCUAGCUGCUUCAGCCAUCUUGUUAUGAAAUGUUUUAAAAAAUGAAAAAGCAUGACCAUUUUAAGUUAAUUUGACAACAGCACUAAUAUAAUCCCUAACUAUAUAUAUAUAUAUAUAUAUAUAUAUAUAUAUAUAUUGCAUUUGGCCUAUGGGAUGAAUUUUAAAGCCAAUGAAGGAUCUUUUCACAUGUAACCUUGAGCAUGAUGAUUUGUUGGACUGAAGAAACAGAACUCUGCUCCCCCUCGAGUUCUUUACUGACAAAGCUCGUGUGUGUGUUGCUUUUAGUGUCUGUCCCUUCUGUGGCAUUAGUGAUGAAUUUUUCUAGUGAUAUCCAAAAACACUGCAGUCUUUAGAAGACAGUUUGUUGCCUAUAAUCUGUUAUUUAAACUCUUUGCAACCUAUUGUGCAAUGCUAACGUUAGACCUAUGACACAAUGUUGCAUUUAAUUUAAAUUCUUGUACAUAAUGAGUUGAUAUUUUGCCCAAUCGAUCUUUUUUUAAUUUCCCAAGGGUUGUGUGUCAGCAUCCUGUUCUAAUUCUACUGCUCUUACCUGUAUUGUUAACUUGAAGGCAUCGCACUCCUAAACUUAUUUGUGUGGAGCCUUGCAACUCUCACAGAAGAAACCUUCAGGACUAUAGAUCCUUUAGGGUUUUUUACACCAGUAUAAAUGUUUUGAGCUGAAGGCUUUCAUGAAGAUUUAUUCUUUUUUUUAAAUCUGUGCAAGAUUUUGUUUUUAAUGUAAUAUCUGAUGCUUUCCAGGUUAUACUUAAUUAGAAAAGAUUAUCUUAAUGUUUCGAAUGUAGAUUUAUACUAUACCAACAAUAGCCAAGUGUAUGUUGGCUUGUUUCUUUUUUUAUUCACUUUUGAUACUGUGAAAAUCUUUCAUUCGGAAAGAUUAAAACAAUACAGUUUUGACUAAAUAAAGUGUGAUGUUUAUCUUUUA